UCCGAGAGUAAAGUCAUCGUAAUGGUUAAUUUUGAUGCAAGAGUAUAGAAGAGUAAGCAAACUGGGGACUAAGUGAUCAGAGAGCAUGAUGAAAGAUAGCUAACAGGAAUAGCAUUAGACUUUACACACAUCCUCCUCACUAUAACACCUCACAAUCUCACCUGUUGUGCAUAACCUUAUGGUUACCAACACUUCCAUCAAAAACUACCAGAUCCAAAUAUUGACAUCUUUCCUCAUGAUCAUGCAAGUAGAUCACAAAGAUGUUCUGCUUACCUGUGCAAUAAGGUGAAGCUGAAUGUUGGACAGUCACAUUAUAUUGACAAAGUGGUAUCCAAAAACAACUGAUGAAUCAUGGCUUAAAAAUUUUGACUAUUCAGGAACAGAUAGAGAUUGCCUUGAAAUCACUGAAUCCUAGAAAUGUUGUGAAGUCUUGUAUUUCCAGUCGUACAGAUGCAGGUGUUCAUGCCUUUCAGAAUACAAUGCAUUGUGAUCUUCUCCGCAAGAAUGAAGAUUGUGAAUAUGACCCACAAUUUUUGAAAAAUGGAAUGAACUAUUGGUUAAGGAAAAAGAAAGAAACAAUACGGAUCACCAAUGUCCUCAGAGUAAAUGAUGACUUUCAUUGCCGACGUCAGAUUAAAAAACGUUCCUACAUGUACCGUGUUGCUGUUCCCUUUAAAGAAAUAGCACCCCAAACUGGUUACUCUGCAUUAACUAUCUUGGAGAAAAAUAAUGCAUUCAUUAUUUGGAGACCCAUAGACAUGAGGAAAUUCAUGAGUGCUGCUGAAGCAAUGGUUGGAACUCAUGACUUCACUGCUUUUACGACAGUCAAGUCACUACGAGAGAAAAAUGAGUCACCCAUGAGAACUGUCUCAAUCGAAAUAAAACUCGGCAGGACUGCUCUAAAGCAACAUAAUCCUGGCUUGGAAUUUUGGGAGGUAUACGUCCACAGCCGGUCCUUUUUGUUCAGGCAGAUUCGUCGAAUGGUUGGUGCCAUGGUGCAGGUGGCAAUUGAUGAACUGACAGUUGAUGACAUCCAACAGAAAUUACUAAAGCCUUGCUUAAAGGCCACUGACACAAAAAUCAAAAGUCUACCCGCUUGUGGACUUUAUCUCUCCAAUAUAUAUUAUGAUCCCAAAGAUCUGAUUUACACACCGACUGCCAAAACAGAGCCUGAUGACUUGAAUCCAGCUGAUAAAGAUGCUGAUGACUUAAACUCAACUGAUGAGGAUGAAGAGGUCUUAGAUGCCAGUUCUGAGAAAAUAUAAUAUUUUCAAAUUAUCUUCAGUGUAUGUUUUUAUCAGUGAUAUUUAGUUGUUGCUUUUGUUUGUUGGAGUGUUUUGUGUUAUUUUAAACAAAAAUGGAAAUCUGUCACAGAAUUGUAUAACACACAAUCACAACAGCAGCAACAACUGGCACUUUAAGACCGUUUUCCUUGCUAAAGCAAGGGUUAACUUUUUGUGGGUCUUAUGACCUUCUCCAGGGUUAGCUUCAUUGAGGUCCUUUGUCCUUCUCCAUUUUGCCCUAUCUUCUACAUCCACUCUCACUAAACUAUUCACCUAGUGACACAUCUAGAAUGUGUGCCACCUGAGGCAGCCUUUGAGUAUGCCAAUACCACCCCAUGCCUCCCAGCAAUAUUUGAAUACAUGCUUAUACAGCAGACCCAAAAGUGCCACCUUAAAAGCUUCACCUCAAGCACUGCUCCCGGACUUCUAGUGGUACUACUUCAUCCACCGAUUCCACCCUGCAUCUUCCAGCAUCUUCUGCGAUGUCUUUCAACAGCAAUUAUUUGAUAAAAAUAAUUGCAAACCAAGGUCCAUGGAAUCAACCUAUGCUUGUAGAGACAAUGAAGGAAUCUAUGUGGUCAUAUGACCUGCUAGAAAUGGAAACUAAAUCUCUCUUAAAUCAAACCCUGUUUUCUCAGAAAGUGAAAAAGUCAUGCAUCUAUGAGACAUAUAGUCAUACUGAGUAAAGAGACAAAAGACAGUGGUCAUGACUGGAAUGCCUUUGAUCAUAGACCUGCUGUAUCAGGACUGGUUAGAAGAGUGAAGACCAAAUGAGCAUUAACCAGUUUGUUACCAUAUUACUACUGAAAUACACUGCUUUUAUGCUAAUUAGGUUGUUUCGAAAAUAAUGGCCGAUUUCAGAAAAAUGAUUUUAUUCUGGAAAAAUUAACAAGAGAAAUGUUUUGAUUAGUCAAAGUAUGAGCCUUGAACAUCUGUGCAUCUCUGCCAUCGAUCAACAAGAUUAUUUAUGCCUUGUCAAUAAAAACUUAUUGGCUUUGAUUCUAAGAAAUCUUUGAAUGAUGAUUCCACCUCUGGUUUGGACCUGAAAGUUUUAUUGCUUAAAAACGUGUUUAAAUGAUUUAAAAAAAAUUAUAGUCAAUGGGUGAAAGAUCAGGAGGAUAUGGAAGAUGUAGUAUAGUCUCGUAUCCCAAGUCUGUGAGUUUCGUCAGCAUCAUUUUUGCAACAUGUGGGUUUGCAUUAUCGUGGAGCAGAAUUGGGCCAUGCCGAUUCACCAAUGCAGAUCUUAAUUUUUGCAAGUGAGCAUGCAUUUCAGUGAGUUGAAUGCAGUAAACCUCUGCUGUAAUUCUCUGAUUGGCUUCCAGAAAACUGUAAUGGACAACAUCAAUUGCAGACUACCAGACAGUCAGGCAUAAUCUUCUACUGAUGCAACUUUGGCUUUGGGAAAUGCUUGUUGGGGAAUCAUCACAUUUCUCUGACACUUUGACGUGGGUUUUGUUCAACAAUUGCUUUCAAUUGUUCAUUGCUAAGACUGCAUGACCAUCCCCUACCUUCUUCAAGGGCUCUCAUCACCACUACAGAGUUUCUGAAACUACCUUUGUACUGUGCGAUCACUUGUGGGCCCCUCUCUCCAUGUUCUGUUGAUAUUGGCAGCAAUUUGGGAGGCAUUGUGCCCAAGCUUGAACUCAUGCACGAAAAGUCCUUUUUUGUCAUGUUCAUAAUUAAGGGCGCCUAUGCUUCAAGAAUGUUUUCUAUCUGAAAUAAGUAGAAAAUUAUUAAAGAGCAUACAUCAGUUAUUAAGUAUGUUGAAAUACACCUAAAAUAUAAUUAAAAUAUGAUAAAAUUGUGUUUCAAAACAUAACACUUAGAGUGGCCAUUAUUUUCAGAACAACCUAAUAACAAAGAAUUUCAUAAAACAACUAAAACAACUGUCAUUAUUAAACUGGCAAAGGCAGCGAGCUGGUAGAAUCA